GGUAGAGCAGACGUUAACGCUAAGACACUGAACAAAUCCACGCCUCUACACCUCGCAGCAUCACAGGCCUACUUUGAUAUGGUUAAACUCUUACUCACGUACGAAGCUGACUGGUCAGUUAAAGAUGACAAUGGAAAUACUCCAUUGCACGUUUGUAUGAUGGGACGACGUACAAACGAACUGUUUUUACAGUUGCUUGGUUUAAGAAAUUUAGCGGAAGACAAUGAAAGGAUAAAGAUAGCUAACUUCUUGAUACAACAUGGCGCUAGUAUUAAUGACAGAAAUAAUGAUGGAAAUACGCCAAUAACCGGAUGUGACAUACAACAUAUGCGCGACGCUGUAUCCGCCUAUGCAGCAAAUAAUAAACCAACAGUAGCUCACAGACCAAAGGCCAGACCUAGUACAGCUAAGGUUGAACAAGAAAUCUUCACAACUUCAAAGCAGAAGUGCCAUAAAUGUGCGGCGAAUUUAGCGGACGUCCGCUUUCUUCCCUGCAAACAUCAAAUAUCGUGUCACAAAUGCUGCUUCAAAUUUAAGAAAUGCCCUAUCUGCGAGAAGGAGAUAACCAGACGGGUAGAUAAAGAUAAUUAUACGGUUGAGAGCAGUUGUGUCAUUUCAUAGACGAGUGACUGAAGUAAAGCAUGGGACUUAUUAUGAAAUUUAGACUACAUGAACUUUGCGAGAUGAAUAUUUCAUUUCCCAGCAACGUUAAACAUGGCGAUCUUGUUUGGAUUAGGUAGCAAAUGACAUUGAGGGUGUUUUAUGCUCUAUUUUACCAUAAUCUCAAAUAUUUCAUACUCAAAUACAAUGUAUAUGUGAGUUUGGUUUUAAGUUCUUUGUUGUUUGUUGUAUUUCAUUUGCUUAUGAAUCAUUUGCUUUAAGAUGUUAUCGUUUGAUGACGUAGUUGCUUUAAUUAACAAAGAAGAUUACCCCGGAUCUUUGUUAAUACUACAGAAUAUUCUAGUAGUUUCUGUUUACUCGAUUAUAGAUUUUUUUAGAAAGAAAUACAUAAUUCCAGAAUAUGUAUUAUUGUGGGUAUAUAUAGAACCUAAGAGAAGCAUCUAGAAAUAUUCUAUCAGGAAACACUUUCCUAAUCUGGCGAUCUAUGAGGUCACACUUAAAUAAUCCCUGGUGCAGUUAAGUGUAUUAUCUAGAAGAUUGGAGGGCCUCCGUGGCCGAGUGGUUAAGGUCAACUUCAAAUCACUUGCCCCUCAUCGAUGUGGGUUCGAGCCUCAUUCGGGGCGUUGAAUUCUUUAUGUGAGGAAGCCAUCCAGCUGGCUUACGGAAGGUCGGUGGUUCUACCAAGGUUCCCGCUUGUGAUGAAAUAAUGCACGGAGGAGCACCUGGGGUCUUCCUCCACCAUCAAAGCUGGAAAGUCGUCAUAUGAUCUAUAAUUGUGUCGGUGCGACGUUAAACCCAACAAAAUAAAUACAUAAAAUCUAGAAUAUUGGAUUUAUUUAGGAUUAUUCAGUAAGGAUUAUAGUUUGACAAGGUAUUGGAAUUACUUCGAAAGUUGUUUUGGAUAUUAGUGUCCAUAUAAAAUGUUUCGUGUGGAUUAAAGUUACGGUAACUACAAAACCAGAAAAUUAGGUUCAGUGCUUGGAGACCGUUUCUAGAAUGCUACUUUGAAACUACAUUUUGUAAAUUUCUUUGAAUAAAUUUCAUUAUUGUUUAAA